GUUAUCAUUUUUACUUUAAAAUUUGAGGUCCAACAUAAAGUUGGAGUGGCCUUACUGAGGAGCUUGCCGUUCUGUUUAGGUGGCAGGACACCAUGGGCAGAAAGCUGCGACACGUGCUGAUUUUCCUUCUCAUCAUCCUGAAGGAGCCCAACACGCCGGAUUCAUUAGGUAACUGUAAUUGUGAAACAAUUGCUGAUUGCGACUGUAAACCAUCAUCACAGCACUGCAGAAAGGGCCUCACCAGCAUCCCUCAGAAACUACCAACAUCCCUUUCUUUGUUAGAUUUAAGAUUGAACCAGAUAACUAAAAUCCAUUCUGGUGCAUUCACCAAUCUUCCCAAGCUACAAGAGUUGCCCCUGGAAGGCAACCAGAUAACUACCAUCCCUCCUGGUACAUUUGCUAAUCUGCCAGAGCUACAAUAUUUAUUCCUUCAAAGAAACAAGAUAACUACCAUCCAUCCUGGUGCAUUUACUAAUCUUCCCCAGCUACAAAAGUUGUCCCUGUCCUACAACCAGAUAACUACCAUCCAUUCUGGUGCAUUCACCAAUCUGCCCAAGCUACAAGGGUUGCCCCUGGAAGACAACCAGAUAACUACCAUCCCUCCUGGUACAUUUGCUAAUCUGCCAGAGCUACAACAUUUAUUCCUUCAAGGAAACCAGAUAACUACCAUCCAUUCUGGUGCAUUUGUAAAUCUGCCCCAGCUACAAAAGUUGUCUCUCAGAUCGAACCAGAUAACUACAAUCCAUUCUGGUGCAUUUGCAAAUCUGACACAGCUACAAAGUGUCAACACCUUCAGUUAG